AUGCUGGCCGCCUCCUCGUCCUCGACGGCCUCUGCGCUGCUGAGAUGCUCGGCCAUCGCGUCGACCUCAUACGCGCCGACGCUUCGCAUCGCCCCGGCGCUCAUCUCUGCCUCGCCCUCCGAUCGUCCAUCAAGACGGCGUGUCCCGUCCUCGCCCUUGUUGUCCUUUUCUCGUCCGCUCUCGACAUCAGUCCCGCGGCACGAUACCCGACCCAGCCCCUCGCCGAUAUCGAACUACGCACGAGCCUUUUCGAGCACGCCGAUCGUCCUGGCCCACCACUUUGACACGCAGGCGUUUGUGCAGCGGCUCGAGGCGUCCGGCAUCAACAAGCAGCAGGCUGAUGUCCUGGUCGAGACGCUGAGGGACGUCAUCGACGAGAGCAUCGGCAACCUCGCCAGAGGGCUGGUGACGAGAGAGGAGGCGGAACAGAAUAACUAUACGCAAAAGGUCGACUUUACGCGGCUCAAGUCUGAGCUGCAGCUGCUGGAGCGCAACGACUUCGCCGUCAUGAAGUCGGAGAAUGAGCGGCUCAUGGCCGACGUCGAGAAGCUCAAGCAGAGGCUGCGCGAGGAGAUCACGCGGACGACGGCGGGUGUCCGACUGGAUCUCAACCUCGAGAAAGGGCGAAUCCGGGACGAGUCGUCGGUGCACGCGCUCAAGAUCAAGGAGGUCGACACGCGCAUCGAGUCCGAGAUCGCCGGGCUCAGGACGUCGAUUCAGAGUGCCAAGUUCAACGUGCUCCAGUACCUCGUCGGUGUGGCCACCGGUGCGGGUGCCCUGCUGCUCGCCUACCUCCGCAUGUUCCGCUAG